AGAAAACUACUCCAGAGGCAACCAUUUUCUUCCCCUUCCAAUCAGGAGCUCUCUCCACCUAGCAUGAUGGAAGACACCGUUGAUCCUGCACAGCCCAGCCACACAUCGACCAAAACCAGCUGCAAUGGCGGCAACAACAAUAGCUCCAACAAUAUAAACUGCAGCAGCAACAACAACAACAACACGUCUAGCUGCCCAUCCACCAACGGCCCCUCGUCUUCAUCCUCGGAUAUGGAAGAGAUUGGCCAUGGGAGCCCGGGGCUCUUGGAGCUGAACAAAAACUCUGCGACUAGUAAUAACAAUAACAGCAAUGGCUUACUGCACGAGCCGGAAGUUGAAGACCAGACCCAGUCAAAGACAAACGGUCUUCUCUCUGAGACGUCAUCGCCUGUCUCAGACCCUCCCAGUCCUCCACUUUGCACUCAUCAAAUCUCUUCACCCGUUCACGGGCCUAUCAACAACAGUGGACACUACCAUCAGCACGCGGGCCCGGCCAUGGGUCCUGGCGGUGGCCCGGGCUACUAUCUGGGAACCAACUCGAACAGCCUCGGACACGGCUGUAUUCCAGCGUCCCCCAACCAUUGCGCCUCGCCCCCAGGAAGUUACCCGAGCUCUAAUGCCAGCCACUCAGGGGGUUCUGGCACUCACUCUCGCGGGGAUAGUCCAGGGGACGGAGGGGGCUCCUCCCCCACUGGAGGCCAGCAUGUCGUACAUGUACAUGUUAACCCAGGGGAGACCUUUUCAGUUCGACUAGGGGACCAAAUACAACACAUACAGGGU